UGCUUAUUGGUCCAUACAGUCUUAUGCUAUGCACAUGCAGUUAUGUCAUUUCAUGUGUGAGGGCCCUUACGCAGCCAUUUUGACACAUUCGUUGCAAGUCCUUAAAUUCCUGCAAAAGGUAUCCCUAUACACUUCAAGAUGGGUAGGGAGGACAAAGCAACAUGGAAAUCAAAUUAUUUUACCAAGCUUGUACAACUAUUGGAUGAUUAUCCAAAAUGUUUUAUUGUGGGAGCAGACAAUGUUGGGUCCAAACAAAUGCAACAAAUACGCAUGUCGUUGCGUGGAAAUGCAGUAGUUUUAAUGGGCAAGAACACCAUGAUGAGAAAAGCUAUUCGUGGUCAUGUUGAACGUAAUGCUGCAUUAGAAAAACUACUACCUCAUAUCCGUGGUAAUGUUGGAUUUGUUUUUACCCGGGGAGAUCUGAUCGAGGUAAGAGACAAAUUACUAGAGAAUAAAGUACGUGCACCUGCUAGAGCUGGUGCCAUAGCACCCUUGAGUGUGAUUAUUCCAGCUCAGAAUACAGGACUUGGUCCUGAGAAAACAUCGUUUUUCCAAGCUCUGAGUAUACCAACAAAGAUUUCCAAGGGUACUAUUGAAAUUAUUAAUGAUGUACAUAUCCUCAAACCUGGUGAUAAAGUGGGAGCUUCUGAAGCUACACUUCUGAAUAUGCUAAAUAUCUCUCCUUUCUCAUAUGGUUUACUUGUUGAACAAGUAUAUGAUUCUGGCACUAUUUUUGCUCCUGAGAUCUUGGAUAUUAAACCUGAGGAUCUCUGUGAGAAAUUCCUGGCUGGAGUUGCAAAUGUAGCUUCAAUUUGUUUGGCAAUUGGUUAUCCCACAGUUGCUAGUGCACCACACAGCAUUGUUAAUGGUUUUAAGAAUCUGUUGGCCAUUGCUGCUGUUACUGCUGUUGAGUUUACAGAGGCUGCUACUAUCAAGGAGUAUAUCAAGGAUCCGAGUAAGUUUACUACCGCCGCCGUAGCAGCUCCAUCAACAGUAACUACCGAUGCUCCUGUCGCGGAGAAGGAAGAGAAGAAAGAAGAAUCCGAAGAAUCUGACGAUGAUAUGGGAUUCGGAUUAUUUGAUUAAAAAGCUCUGAAAGUACAUAUUACUUGUCUCUGACAUUGAAAUAAAAUUCUAUUUAAAUUA